CCGUCGGAUGUUUUAAUUGCAGAACCCACGACGCCGUCAUGAGCGUCGCGAGUUUCUUUUAAUUUAAUUUCCCUCUCGAGUCUUCGUCUUCGUCUUCCGCCGCCCCCUCGCCGCUGCGAUGGAUCGGAGGAGGGCGAGGAGUCCUGUUUAUGCUCGGCAGUACAGCGGAGGAUCGGCCCCGUCGUCGCCAGUCCACCCGCUCUCGAUGGAAUCGGCCACAGGAGCCGGCUUCUCUCACGGGAGGCGGGGCUCCUCACGGGCGGCCGCGGCCAACGCACGCCUCGCGAAGGUGAUGAUGAAGAAGAGUAAGUCUCAAUACGACGAAGACUCGGACGGGGAGGACGUCGACCCUAUCCCCGCCAUCGUCGGUGGCGGCGGGAGCGGAGCAAGGUACCGGAGCGGAUCGCCGCAAGUGGGAUCUGCCGCCGCCGGGAGCUAUGGAGGUGGAACUCUGACCGCCCCGAGGAAUCCAUCUCCUAUGCUAGGUCGGAAUGUCAUUGAAACAGCUCCAGUUAGUCGCUCUAUAUCAGUCGGCCGACCAACACUACGAGUUCCCAGUGCACCAAUGAUGCCUCAAACUAAAACAACAAUAAGGACCCCCUCUUCUAUUCCAAAUAUAGAUCCUGCAGAGAAACAAAGAGAUAAGAGAUUUUUUCCAGAUAUGAGGCAUGUGAAAACUAGGGAGCAUGGUGAAUUGCGUGAGGCCUCUGCGCUUCAAGAUAAGCUAGAUAUGCUAGAAGAAGAGAACUACAGCCUCCUUGAAAAGCUUCAACUUGCUGAGGAGAGAUGGAAGGAAGCAGAGAUCAGGUCUCGGGAGCUUGAGAAACAGGUUACAAAUCUCGGUGAAGGAGUGUCUUUGGAAGCCAGGUUAUUAAGCAGAAAGGAGGCAGUGCUACGCCAAAGAGAGGAAGCUUUAAAGUCUACUAUGAGGUCAACGGAUGAUAAAAGUGAGGAACUCAUAUCUCUUCGUCAACAGUUGCAGUUUGCAAAAGAUGAGGUUACAACUGUUGCUGAUCAACUCAGAGGUGCUGAGUUGGAAGUAAAAGCUUUAAGAAGUAUGACCCAAAGAAUGAUAUUAACCCAAGAGGAAAUGGAGGAGGUGGUUCUCAAGAGGUGUUGGCUUGCUCGAUACUGGGCAUUAGCGGUUCAAUAUGGAGAUAUAUUCAUCUAG